AACAUACCUGUCAGCAUGAAUGUUACCUCUAACAAAAAAUUAACAUGUCGUCGACAGUAUCAACACCAUCCCAAACAGACAAAGAAUUGGAUAUCUCCAAUGCAGCGCGAGGAGUUUGGUUGGUAAAGGUUCCGAAGUAUAUCAAUCAAAAGUGGGAAAAAGCUGCAGGAAAUGUAGAAGUUGGGAAGCUCAGAAUCACAAGAAAUCCUGGUCAGAAAGCAGUUGUUACCCUUGCCUUGUCAGAUUUUCUGAUAGCCCAGGAUCCAGGGCAGUCAACUAUCCCCAAAGACCAUCGAUUAGAUGUGCAGAUUGUUGAGAGGCAAACUCUUGGUGUUUUUUCUCACUCCUCUCCAGCAAAUUUGGACUCAGUGGUCCCAGACUCAGAAAAGUUAUGUUUUGAAGGGAAGAUUCAGCAAAAGUUGGAAUGUCGUCCGUAUGCUGAUAAAGGGUACAUGCGUUUGAAGGCAGAAACCUUUAGAAAGGCAGCUCAGCCUGUAAGGAAAGUUCAGCAGCUUGAUAGGAUAGUUCAGAACUACAAGCCUGUUGCGAAUCACAAACACAAUAUUGAGUAUGAAGAGAGAAAGAAAGCAGAAGGGAAAAAGGCAAGAGAUGAUAAGGAUGCUGUCAUGGAAAUGAUGUUUGCUGCAUUUGAAAAGCACCAGUACUAUAAUAUUAAAGACCUUGUUAAAAUCACUAAACAGCCAGUGACAUACUUAAAAGAGAUAUUGAAGGAAGUUUGUGAUUACAACAUGAAGAAACCACAUAAAAACAUGUGGGAAUUGAAGCCCGAAUAUAGGCAUUAUAAGGAACAAUCUACUGAAAAAGACAACAAAUCAGAUUCUGAUUAGGCAAGCUGAAGGGCAAUUGUAAAUUAUUUGAUAUGUAAAUUAGAAUAAAUGAAAUACUGUGUGUAAAAAAUGUA